AUUGACACCAUAAACCGUACUCAUAACCCAAUUGGAUAGUUCCUCCCUUACCCUUCGGCUUUUGUCCUCAUUGUUACUCCUCAAAUUAGCCUCUAAUAUAAACCUUCAUGAGUAGCGUUCCUUGUUAAGCAUGUGUUGCGCAUUAAGCCUUUGCCCUUUGCUAAAAUGCGUUGCGUGCUCAUGUUCCCUCCAAUGAAAAGCUAAAAAGAGAGAAAGUGCGCAUGUUAACUCCAAUAUAAAAACACUCUAUGCGACCACUUCCACUUCUGCAUUUCUGAUACUGAGGGAAACUGUUUCUCACUGUGAAGAAAACGAAAGUAAAACAGUUGGAAUUUUCUUUUCUCCAACGAAUGAAGCUCAAAGACUAGAAAUUUAUGGUUUGAGUUUCCGUAAAGCCUUGAACUUUGUGGUUUGUUUGUUAUUUUCACCAUACCCCUUUAUUUUCUGAGUUGUCAUAUCGUUCUGGCUUCAGUUCACACUCUUUUGGAUUCAUCCAUGUCUUCAGAUAUAAGCUAAAUUGUGUCUUAUCUUGGUCGCUCACUUCUUUGGAAUCUGUCUUCAGCCAUGGGAGCUUGCAAUGCUGGUGUGUGCGUGGAAGGUUUGGUUGAAUCUCUUGUGGUGGCAAAUGUGAGUGUGAAUUCUUCUAGAAGCUUGUGAAGCCGUAAAGUUGGAAGCUUGGUGGUGUGAGUAGUGAUGGGUAGGGAUCGGUUGCUAUUGGCAACGGUUGGACCGCCAUUAAAACGGCGAGCAGGGUUGCGGAGGAAACAGGCUGGAAGAGGGUCUUAUAGGGGAAGCUAAGGCAAAGGUGGUGUUGUGGGAAUUGGAGGGUUUAGAUUGUUAUUGUUGUUGUUGUUGUGGUUGUUUUUGUUUUUGGAGGUGUGAUUAAAAAGGGUGUGAAAAAAGUUUUGAUUUUGUGAAGAAGAAGAAAAUGGGUAGCAACUUGCACCGAUUGCUCAGGAGCUUCUGUUUGGGUACUGAUUGGAAGUAUGCUAUCUUUUGGAAGCUCAAACAUCGGGCUCGGAUAAUCUUGACAUGGGAGGAUGCUUACUAUGACAAUCCAAAUAGUUGCGACUCUUCCGAAAAUAAGAGCUGCCAGAAUACAUUGGAGCAGAUUGGCAGUGCAGAUUUUUCACAUGAUCCUCUAGGGUUAGCUGUGGCAAAGAUGUCAUAUCAUGUAUAUUCAUUAGGGGAAGGAAUUGUUGGACAGGUAGCUGUUACUGGAAAGCAUCGGUGGAUCUGUGUAGAUAAUCAAGUUUCAAGCUCCGGCCCAUCUUUUGAGUUUGUUGAUGGGUGGCAAUCUCAGUUUUCUGCUGGAAUUAGGACCAUUGUUGUUGUAGCGGUAGUACCCCUUGGAGUUGUUCAACUUGGCUCUUUAAAUAAACAGGUUAUUGAAGAUGUGGGGGUCGUAACCUGUAUCCGAAGUCUCCUUUUGUCUACUCAAGAUUACAUAAUAGGCCAUGUUCCUAAUCAAGUACAAAAUAGUGAGAAGCAUUCAUCUUUGCUGGACACAAAAACUUCAGAAAGUAUGCCUGCUUACUUCUACAAUACAACAAAAACCAUGAAGUGUGAAGCACCGGAUAUUUUAAUGCCCUCUCAAUUUCCUGGGAAGAAUUAUUCACCUCAUGCUGUUUAUCAGAAAAUGGUUGUUGAUGUGGCCAAGCAUGAGGGGCCUGAAUUAAACAGUGAGGGAAAUUCCUUUUUGCUUCAGUCAAUGUCAAAUAUGACGAAUGUGGAGAACCAAAAAUUUGUAGGGAUGAGACCUGUAAAUGAGAGGAAGUUUGAAGGGAAGAAUAGUGGCUGUGAAGAUACAAGUUUGGAAUCAGGAAAAAAUGUUUCGUCAUUUUCACACAAUUUGAUCAUGGAUAAUAAUGGUGUGAGUGAUUUAGUAUGUCCAUCAGAAAAUGUCAGAGUUGAUUGUGUAUCCUUCCCUUCAGACUUUCUUGAUGCAGCUGUUUGUGAGAGUGACAUGUCUCAUUAUGUAGAUAUCAACCAAAAAGAAGUGUUGAAUGUGCCCGGACCUUCAGAUGCAAACUCCCAAAAAAAUAUUGAUAAGUCAAAGUUUCAGACUGAACCUUGUUACAAGGAUACCUCAUAUACAUUGAAGUUCCCUGCUGGUUAUGAGCUACAUGAAGCACUUGGACCAAGUUUUCUGAAAGGGAGUAAAUAUUUUGAUUGGGAAACAGAGACAAAUCAGGAUAAAACUGCUGAGAUCUCAGACGAUAUUAGCUGUAGCCAAUCGACUUCUGAAUCUCGCCCAGAGCAUCUCUUGGAAGCAAUGGUGGCUAACAUAUGCCAUAGUAAUAAUAAUGUUAAUAGCGAAUUAUCAUUUUCAACAUCAAUGCAGGCUGCAAUGGCCUCAGGAAGAAAUCCUGAAGGUUCUAUCCACACUGUGCACACUAUUAAUUCAGAUGGUUGUUCAAUGGAUGAGUCUCAUCUUGUUAGAGAGGACAAACAUCAUAGUUUGAGUUCAUCUGGGAUAUGUGGUGUAAUAUCACCAAAGGGUUUUUCUUCAACAUGUCCUAGUUCAUGUAGUGAACAGUUUGAGAGGUCUUCAGAACCCACUAAGAACAGUAAGAAGAGGGCUAGGCCUGGGGAAAGUUGUAGGCCUAGGCCAAGGGACAGACAACUCAUCCAGGAUCGUAUCAAGGAGUUGAGGGAACUGGUUCCAAAUGGUGCAAAGUGCAGUAUUGAUUCACUACUGGAGUGCACAAUAAAACACAUGCUCUUUCUUCAGAAUAUAACUAAGCAUGCUGACAAGCUAAAUAAAUUUGCAGAUACAAAGACAAAGGUAUGGUUUAAUGGGAUUUUAGAAUUCUACCUCUGGUUCAUAGGCUAUCAUUAUCAAGAAGUUGAUUAUACUCCUGAUCAUUUAGUUGCAUCACAUGGAGAAAGACAAUCUUGGAUCAUCUAGUUAUCAACAGGGUUCAAGUUGGGCAAUGGAAGUAGGAGGCCAUCUGAAAGUUCGUUCAAUAUUAGUGGAGAAUCUUAAUAAGAAUGGUCAGAUGCUUGUUGAGAUGCUGUGUGAGGAGUGCAGCCAUUUUCUUGAGAUAGCAGAAGCCAUCAGAAGCUUGGGCCUGACAAUUUUGAAUGGUGCGACAGAAGCUCAUGGUGAGAAGACAUGUAUAUGUUUUGUGGUUGAGGCAGGAUCAGAAGUUCAAAACAACAGAAACUUACACAGAUUGGAUAUCUUGUGGCCGCUUGUUCAAUUACUGCAAUCCAAGAGCACAAUGUAUUCAUAAAAACUAUUUGAUUUUUGGAAACAUCUAAAGUUGCUUCAUUGACUGUUGUAACUUGAUCUUUGAAAUGAUGCUCAAAUGUUAGGGGCCUAUUCACUUUAUCAAUUUUCUACUUUUAUUUUCAAUAACAAAAUAGAAAAUAAGGUUAGAGACAUGUUUGGUUGUAUUUUAGAAAAUGUUUUUCAAGAAAAUAUUUUAUAAAUUAAGUUCAAAUCAGAAAACAUGUAAAAGGUUCUUUUCUCUGUUUUCUUUGGAAGUUUUUAAAUAUAAAACAGGUGAAAACAUGGUGAUGUGCCGCAAGAGUGAAAUUAACUCAACAUUAUGAGUCCCCCUCUUUUUAUUCUUCCUAUGUUGCUCCAACAUGGCAUCAUCUCAGCAACCAUUCUUCAUGCUAUCAUUUCUCAAGACACUGCAACCAAGAUCUUCUUGCUUCUCCACAACUGCCUUACUGCAUGCAAGAUCAAUGUCCAGAUCACAAGGACAAAGACUGGUUGAAGCUUUUACCUGAUUAUGGUUAGUUUGUUUCAUGGAGAAUGCUUUGACAAGUGGUUGCAUGUAAGCCUCUCAUGUCCCAUGUGUUGAACCUUACCAUCGACAACUUCUCUUUCAACUCCUCUUGCCCCUUGGCAACAAGAGGUUAUUAAAAAAUAGCAGGGUAUUGUAUUUUAGUCAUCUACCUAAUGUAUCCAAUGAUUCAACGAAAGUGGUUGUUGUUGGAUGGAGGCACAAACCUAUUGAAGGAGGCUACAACUUUGUUGAAUUUGAUUUCGUUGUUUGUUUUCUAUAGAAAGAUAGUAAAGAAGCAUUUUAAUGUUUAGUCAAAUGUGUAAUGGAUAAAAUGUCCCUUCUAAGAAUUGAGCUUGACCUA